ACGACGUCCGUCGACGGACGCGCGCGGUUCUACUGCCAGGACGUUGAUUUCGUCCCCCAGUAGAUGUCAGAAAAUCAACAAUUAAUUUAAGCAACAUUACAGGCUAAUUAAUAAUAACAUUUUUUAAUGAACUAUCAAGCAAACAGAUAUUCUUUAUUUUUCAUUUAUAAAUCCAAAUAAGUCCUCGAAAAGAAGAAACAAGAGUCGUAAAAUUUUUCAUCAUCUCAAGCACUCGAGAGAAAACAAGUUGGAGUGUUCUGACCUUCGUCAUAUUAUCACCUGUCUUGCAAACAACAAUCGCAAAGUUGCACUUUUCGUUAUUAAAUUUCUUUCCCUUUUUUUUCACCAUUUGAAAUAAGUGAAACGUACUAUUAUUAUCACAGUGGUACUAGUGUUCCACCUUAUCAUCGUAAUCAUUAUCAAGAUAAAUACACUCGAGUUGGUCAAAGACGUUCAAUCAGUUUGUUGAGGAUAAAGCGAAAUGCCACUUCGAAUUCCCACGGAGUAAAUACACGAGUCUCGAUAAAUAUGUGUAAACAGUGAUUUCGCGGGGAAUCGAUCAUUCCGGUUUUUCAGUAGUCAGUGAAUUGUUGGUGGUGGGACUGGGGAGGGCUAGUUUCCGGGUGCUAAUGUGAAGAUUUAUCACUACAGUAAGGAGUUGUGAGGAACAAAGGUGGAAUGCUGGGGACACCUGGACUGUGAGACUGAGUGUGAUUUAUAGGACGAGCAUUCAGGAGGACAUCUUCCACUGGAUGACCACAGAUUCACAUUAUCGAGGAAUAAUAACCAUUCAAUCAUGCUCGGGAACGCUCGGCUGAAUUCUUAAACAUUCCGUCGUUCGGUGCAGAAACAUCUGUUCGGGAAGCCGAGAGCGCAAGGAGAGAACAUACAGGCGCCAUGGCCAACCACAAUGACAUCGAUUUCAACAGUCCAACGAUCCAGCAGCAAAUGCUUGAGCUGGGCGCUCUGAAAUGCCACAAUGGUUCUAUACCAAGCCCAGGCUGGUGCUCGGAGACCUGGGACGGUAUUCUCUGUUGGCCAGCAACAGCCCCAGGGGAUCUGGCUGUCCUAUCCUGUCCGAGGUACAUCGCGGGAUUCGAUUUACAGGCGAAUGCAUCGCGACAGUGUUUGCCCGACGGCCAAUGGUACAUGAAGCCAGAGACGAAUAGCACGUGGAGCAACUAUACACAGUGUUACGCAACCCAGUUUGUCACUGUGCUCAUGGAUAUAGCGGAAGUGCAGGAGCGCAAUGCAACUCUGAUAAAGAGAUAUCUGCCUAUCGUCACAAAGACAUCGACCAUCGGAUACGCCGUAUCCUUCUCCACUCUCCUCUUCGCAUUCCUCAUCCUCGCAACAAUCAAGAAAUUACGUUGCCCAAGAAAUAUGCUGCACCUGCAUCUAUUCGCAUCAUUCAUGUUCCGUGCCUUCAUGGCCCUUCUCAAGGACGUUCUCCAUGUGUCUGGGCUCGGUCUUGCAUCAGACCUCAUAACGAAAAACGGCGAAAGGUACUGGCGAGAUGAUGUACUGGAGAAUAACGAUAACAAUUGGCAAUGCAAAGUAUUCACCAGCUUCUGGCAAUACUUCAUUCUUGCAAAUUAUUCAUGGAUUCUCAUGGAAGGCCUUUAUCUCCAUAAUCUCGUAUUUUUCGCGCUAUUCACGGACUCAAACUCCAGCAUUAUGGGCUACGUUCUUCUCGGAUGGGGAUUACCAGCAAUUUUCGUCAUUCCCUGGGUGAUUCUGAGAGCCUUGUACGAUGACAACUACUGCUGGACCACCAACGACAUUCCAGAUCUCUUCCUGAUCAUCCGAGUGCCCACGAUCCUAUCCAUUCUCAUCAAUUUCGUACUUUUCGUUAACAUCGUGAGAGUUUUACUCUCUAAAUUGAAGUCGACAGUGUGCGAAGAGACCCAGAGAUAUAAGAGAUGGGCGAGGAGUACAUUAGUGCUUGUUCCAUUAUUCGGUGUUCAUUACACCGUAUUUCUGGGGCUCUCUUACAGCAUUGGAGUUGAUCAAAGGGUGGAACUCAUUUGGCUAUUUGGGGAUCAACUAUUCGCCUCUUUUCAGGGGUUUUUCGUAGCAGUAUUGUACUGUUUUUUGAACGGCGAAGUGAGGACCGAGCUUUCGAGAGUCUUGAGGAGCAAAAAGUGGCCGAGAUUGCGAGGCAGAUGGGACCCUCGGCACUCGACCCGUUCAAAUAGCGCGUGCAGUUGCAAUGGAAAAUCUGGGAAACCCCGGAAAUCUUGGUGGAAAACUCCCUGGCUCGGGCUAUUUCAUCAAAGCACAAUUCAUCGAUCAACCCACUCGAUGGCGAGUACACAAGACGUUGCGACAAGAGGCGGUAGUUUAGCGAGCAGCCGGGGAUAUCUCGAUAGUGUGGGCGGUGGACCAGGUAUCCAAGAUCCCCAUGAUCAUCCCACCACUCACACCUCACCUCUGUGCAGCAAAUACACGGAUCAGUCGGUCCUCUCAUUUUGCUCUCAUAUGUCCGACGUGUCUACCUACCCAAUCCGCAUAAUGGAUAAGACGGAUAAGCCCCCAGAGCAUCAUCGUUGCAGCGCAGACUUUGAAUGCUGCAGUUUGGCAUUCGAAUUGCAUCAUUAUCCGCACGAGAUUCCUUGAUUAACAGACUCAGGAAGACCGCGAGUCAUCAUUGUGCAGAAUACAAGGCAUAAAGCCCCAGAGAGAUGCACCUCGGCGUUAUGAUCCAUCGAGGAGGAGAACAAUUCAACCGAAUAACCUCAGACAUAAAUUUCAAUAUUAUAAGAUAAUGUCACGAGAUUCGCUGGAGAAUGCGGUCAAUCAGGCAUGAAUAGAGUUUCGUAUGAGAAGUCAAUGCUCACGAUUUUUAUUCCCAAAUGCCCUGCAUCUAUGUCCAAAGUAAUGCUGUAUUAUUAAUGAUUAUUGGUAAUUAUGAAAUGUGCAGUUCAACCGUUGAGACUGCUCGAAAUAAUUCAACAGUCAUUCCAAAGAAUUUUCUAAUGUUUGGUGGGAAGUAAAUGUUACCUCAGACUACACGUGUACCUAAUGACAGUUUUAAUCAAUUAGUUAUUACAAUGGCGAUUUUACAGAUGCUCUCUAAUUGUCAGGAGUUUUUAAUGCUUGAAAUUAUGUAAAUUAUGAUAUGUCCAACGAAAUUGAUAUUUUACAAUAAAGACAAUUUUGAUGUAA